AUGGCUACCAUGGAGCUGAAGGGACACGACGACAAGCUGUGGGACUGGCCCCUCCAGGGACAGGACGGCGUUGUCAGGGUCCACGAAGAUGACAAGCACUUCGAGGUCGGCCUCGACGCCACCUACUUCACCGCCAAGGACAUCAGCGUCAAGGUGAUCAACGACCUCAUCCAGAUCAACCUGGAGCACGAGAUCCGCAACGACAAGUUCGGCUCGGUCACCCGCGCGAUUAGCAGGUGCUACCACCUGCCGAAGGGCGUCGACCCGAAGACGAUCAAGAGCAACCUGUCCAACAACGUGCUCUUCAUCACCGGCCAAAAGAAG